AUGAGCCUACGGCAACUUCAAACGUUCAGUGUCGAACGGGAAUACGACCCGAUGGUGAUCCUCCCCUUCACUUACCUGCCUGACCAUGAACGCGAAGUCGACCCGAACGCCGACUCAGAUGAAGACAAUCCAGCCGACCUCACUUAUGACGCCAUUGCAGUCUACCAUCGCUUGAAAAACAUUGACUUCAUAAAGGCACCGAAGAAGUCUGAUAGCGCUUUCGAGAAAUGGGUCAAGGACAAGGAGCUCUUCAGCAAAGCAUUAGCGACAAUCCGUGUCAUACUGAUUGCUCGCAAAAAGGUGGUCCUCUGCAUUCCACAACUGGUGGUGUCUGAUCUCAUUAAGAAGAAAUUUGCUACAUCUAAGACCGAGAGUACCAUGAUUCUGGCUGAUGAGGAUGGACAAUGCUUAGAGCCAAUGGCCUGGAUUUCUCUUAUGGUACGUAAUAUUUCUGAUAUCCUUGCAUGGUCUUACUCUGACCUUCUCAAAUUCAGCAUCAUACAAUCACUCUCCAAACCCGAGGUGAUGAAAACUUUUCUAGCUACCCAGUUCCAAUUCGAGAUGCCGAAAAUCGCGCGUCUUAUGGCGAUCCUUCGCCAUGAGCAAUGGCGUGGUCUUGUGCUGAAGUUUUGUGCAACCAAGUAUGGCGGAGAAUCGUUCGCCUGGCACACUAUGUCCGAUAUUGUCACCGCGAAGUUAGACGAAAUCUGGAUUCCUAUCUUCAACAAGUUCGACACCUUCGCGACCGCAGUCUUUCCUGACAAUGGUGCUAGCGCUACGUGUAAUGACUGGCAUCGGAUCCAUGAAGUGAUGACUCCCCACACUCUCUUUGUUCAGGGCAUUGAUGUGGACUAG